AUGGCCCCCGUGAGCACCUUCCCUCUUCCCUCCCCGUCCCCGUCGUGCGUAGUCACCGCACUCACCACGCCGCCGUCCCGCCACAGCCCGCCGUCCUGCGCCAGUCCCCGCGGCCUCGCGCGGCCCCACGACGCACGCGCGCGCACCGCCUUGCUCCGCGUGCUGCCCUGCCGUGCUCCCCGCAGCCUUGCCGAGCCCGCUGCUCUGCCUCCAUCGCCACGGCCCUGCUCCGCCUGCUCGCGCCGCCCGGCUCCCCGCCGCCGUGCUAGCCAUCCUCCGCCCGCCCCGCUCUCCGGCGUCUGGCUGCGCCCACCGCGGCCUCGCCCUCCUGGCCUCGCGUGUGACCCCGCUCCCGCGCCGUUGCGCCCUGCUGGUCCCGCCCCGCUCUCCCUCGCUGACUCCCUGCGCCUGCCCCGCCCAGCGGCCGUGGCCAGCCGGUGCGCCGCGCCGCCGAGCGCGCCCCCAACCCCGGCGCCCCGCCGGCCGUCGCCCCGCGCCUGUUCGCUGGUGCCCCGGCCCUACUCGGCCCGGCGAUCUGGGCGAACGCCCAGUCGGGCGCCGCAACGCCCGACCCGCCUCGUUAGUGCCCAGCGCCCGAUAGGCCCCCUGGGCCAGUGA